AUGAUCGCCUCAACGAUCCUCUUCGGCCUCCUCAGCCUGACCGCCGCAUCGCCUGUGUCAACGAGGGCCGGGAAAACCAAGUACCCUGAAACCGAGACCUCCAAGGGCUUCAAGCUCGUCGUCAACGUCACAGAUCCGUCAAGAGACUUCAAACCGUCCAUUCAAAACACUUUUGUCACCAGCAUCCACACUGGCGCCGGCCUGGCUCUUGUCGGCGUCAUCGCGGGGGACGGCCGCAUAUUCUACCAAAAUGGAACCGAGAAGGAGCAGGAGGACAGCCGGGCGACCAUCAUCACCGACGGCGGCACACCUCUGACGCCCUCAGGCCUGAAACUCACCCAGGAUUCCAAGUCGAAGACACUGUCCACAGCCCACCUCGACUUUGGGCUCGGCACCCCCGGCGUUCAGCUUUCCUCGUCCAAGACAUACAGCUUCGUCCUCCCCGAGACGUAUCUCGCUUGCAACGAGAGCCUAGCCUACUACCAGGGCCAGUACUUCAUCACCAUCAAACAGGCCAAGAUCACCAAGCACAAGGAUGGUUCUACAAACCGGAACAUCCCCAAACACUGUAUCCCUGUUCAGUUGGUCCCAGAGUGCGCCGAGCUGGAGAGCUUGCCGAAGGGAUCCUAUUCUAGCCACAAGUAUGCGCUUGAGUCUCAAUGUUACAAGGACGUGUCGAAGAUCAAGUGGUGCGAGUAUAGCCCUUGA